GCGAGCGGUUUACUUUAGAUCGGGCAAUACCGAGGCCACCUCAACACCGGUUCCACAGAGAAGGCGCGUGUCCGUUGUCUGUCGAUCGGGAUCGUUAUUCAUUUCCUACUAGCUGAUCGAAACGCAGAGUAACCAUCAAGAAUGGCUCCAAAGUCAAGGAAACAUAGACAUUCGGAGGAGAAAGAGAAGGUAGAAGUCACUCCUCCAAAGAAACAAAGACUCUCAGAAGAGAAGCCAGACUCUCCGACCGAACUAAGCCCCAACUCUCUGUUCGGGAUGGGAAACCCCCUCCUGGACAUCUCAGCCGAGGUGGACAAGGACUUUCUGGACAAGUUUGGACUGAAGCCCAAUAACGCAAUCCUGGCAGACGAGAGCCACAAAGCGCUGUUCGAGGAGCUCAUCGGCAAAUUCACGGCGGAGUACCACGCCGGGGGCGCCACCCAGAACUCCAUCCGAGUGGCACAGUGGAUGAUCCAGAAGCCCGACAAGGUGGGCACGUUCUUCGGAUGCAUCGGCAAGGACAAGUUCGGGGAUAUCCUGAAGAAGAAGGCGCUGGAGGGAAAGGUGGACGCCCACUACUACGAGCAGGAGGAGGAGCCCACCGGCACCUGCGCGGUGUGCAUCACCGGGGAUAAAAGGUCCCUGGUUGCUAACCUCGCGGCGGCUAAUGCCUACAAGAAGGACAAGCAUCUGGACCUGGAGGAGAACUGGGCGCUAGUAGAGAAAGCUAAAGUCUACUACAUUGCUGGUUUCUUCCUGACGGUCUCCCUGGAGUCCAUCCUGAAGGUGGCCAAGCACGCGGCCGAGAACAACAAGGUGUUCUGCCUGAACCUCGCCGCUCCCUUCAUCUCCCAGUUCUUCAAGGACGGCCUCAUGCAGGUCAUGCCCUACGUGGACGUUCUGUUCGGGAACGAGACGGAGGCUGCUGAGUUUGGCAAAGCGCAAGAAUUCGAGACUGAGGACGUCGAGGAGCUAGCCAAGAAGGCCCAGGCUCUGCCCAAAGAGAACACCAAGCGGCCCAGAGUGGUGGUCUUUACCCAGGGGAAGGAGCACACCAUCGUGGCUCAAAGCGACAACAAGAUAGAUACAUUCCCCGUGCUGAAGAUCGACCCCAAGGAUAUCGUUGACACAAACGGCGCUGGUGAUGCCUUUGUUGGCGGGUUCUUGUCCCAGCUGGUGCAGGAGAAACCCCUGGAGCGGAGCGUGGAGGCGGGUCACUAUUCGGCCAACGUGGUCAUCAGACGCUCUGGCUGCACCUUCCCAGCGAAGCCAGAAUUCCACUGAGGGUCCGUCCAUCACUGUCGUAUCACUCGUGUUCCCAGUGCGCCUCAAGCAACCCUCCUUACAAACCUGACCUCAUGUGGUUCAGGGCCUGUGUUAAACCUCCGCCAUCAUCCAACCAACAGCAAUCCGUCCCUCUCUGUGUGUGUGUGUGUGUGUGAACUGCAUGUUGAAGUACCCGUCUUAUCCAUGCUAUACCCGUUACGUCUGCUAGGGGCCACUUUGAGUUGUUACACCAGCAGUUCAGGUAGAUGGUCUGUUGCAGAGGUUACACCAAAACAGAAAUGUGGGGAACCUUGCAGGCUGUAAAACCAUUGCUGGACAUUUUGAAUCUCAGUGAAAAAUGGCAUUAAUUUGUUCAUAUCGUAUAUAUUUUGUUGAGACGAUAAGUGAGUUUUUGAUAGUAUUACGAGGCUCUGACACUGCCAGCCACUGUGUUUAUCGUGCACGGUUGCAUUCAAGCCGUUCCCCUUGGGCUUUCUGUGACAGCAGAGUAAUUCCAUGAGGGGGUGAUGACCUUAAUUAUAACAUUGUGAUGUUAUGCAUACAGUAUUGAGCUCUACAGGAAUGACACGGGCUACGAUUAUUUUUCCUUUACUCAUGACUGGUGAACCUCGUUACACAGGUUUUAAUCGACCAGUGGGAUGCCAAAUUGGUUCCCUUUUUCUAAAGCACACGUUUCAAUUUGUAUGACUAUAUUUGUACUUAAAGGUGUGCGAGCUAAGCUUUGCACACUUGUUCCCUGCAGACCAAUGAGCUGCUUUGAUUGUGUUUGGCUUUGUCCUACGUUCCGUUUUAGAGGGUUGGUCUGUACGAUUUAAUUUUCCUCAACUCCUCGUACGGAGAAGAAGCCUCUGUCGAUUCGGAUGCCUUUUUUUAAUUCCUUUUUUUUUUUCUUUUUUUUUUACUUAAGUUUGCUGAGGCACGAUGUCCACACUCUUGUUUAACUACAUGGAAGUUACUCGCCAUCUUUGCUCAGCGCAGUGCAAGAGAGCUGGGCCCAUCUCUCCUUGAUAGCCUUUUUUUCUUCUGCCUUAAAAGACUGAAAAACCUGCGCGUGUGACUCGUUUGUCUACAUGGCCUCAAAAUACCCGGAAUGGAAGGUCUUUUAUUUUGUUAAAUGCUAACUAUGUUACGGUAUUUUCUUAAACUGACAAAGAAAGCUUAUUUACGAUAAGAAAAGUAGUUGGUCAAACUGAUAAUUUUUUUAUUUUUUAGAAUAUCAUAUUUGUUACAUUUGUUUCUGCAGUUUUUAAAUGGUAGGCUGUUAAAAUCCUAAACUUAAAAAAAUCACAUUUCUGUUGGAUCAUGAGGGUUUUUUUUCUGGUCAGGGUUCAAUUGAAUCUAAUUAUUAUCUAAUUAUAACGACAUGCAAACAAAUUGUCCCUGCAGUUGGAAAUGGUGUCGACAAUAUUAAACCCAUGGAAAGUUAUCGGUCUGGCGUCUUCUUUUCACUGAGCCUCUCCAACUGCAAGGCAAUGUCCAGCGCUCUCAGCUGCCUCAGGAAGCCGUGAUUGGGCAGAAUGCAACGCCGCUGGCGCACGUGCUCAAUGGCACCCACCACGCUCAGGCCUUGCUCCAUCAUCAGGUACGCCAGGACCAACGAUGCUGACCGACUCCGCCCCAUUACACAAUGGACCAGCACCUUGCCUAGGGCCCCCCAGCGUGCGUGCACACACACACACGCGCGCGCACACACAUACACACACACACCAAUCAAUCAGCUUCAAUUAGCUUUACGUAGGCAAUGUAUGUGCAUUCAAGGUAGGCCUACAUAGCUUUGGGUCUCGCUCAAUCACUAGAGUAACAUAAAUAACCAGGUAUGGGUGGCCAAAACAAUAAUGGAACCCACUAGUAGUAAAGAUGGAUAGAAAAGGGCCCAGUGAUGUACAUUUUAUCUAUCAAUCAACAGAUCUAUUAAAGAGAUUUAAAAAGAGGUAACAAAAUAAUUCGCCUAUUUCCUGAAGGCAUGACGCAUCGGUUCACGUAGGCCUACUCUGUGGAUCCUGAACAGCGCCGUGGAUGAAGAGGCUGGCAGGACAGAAGAACUGGGCGAUGUUGAAGGUGGGCUUGUCGUCGGCAUCCAGCCCGUAGUAUUGGAUGUCCAUGUCGUCUCGGUAGUAGUCGGCGCCGGUCGAUACAUUGUUCCACUUGCCUUCCGCUGCGUUCAGGAUGUGCGUGAUGCCCAUGCUCUUCAGAGCAGCUCGCUCCAAGGCUGUUUUCCUGCGGACAGAGAGACUUUCCUUCAUGAACUGAAAUAACAGAUUAUUCAUUAUCCUUAUUAAGCAGGCAGGAGUUGCCCAAAGAUGCAUCAGGUACUUUGCGGAUGAUGUGGAGCCGCAAUCAGUGCGUGUUCAUGUAGGCCUACUCACUCAUCUCCUAUGUAGAUACCGGGCCAAACUUCGUUGACGUGUGUGUACUGGGCUCCGGCGCCCGCCCAAAACAUCUGCUCCAGGUCCAGCGUCCCGGGCGUGAUGUAGUCGCUGUUGGGGUCCACACGCACGGAUUUGUACGGGUUACCCCCGCAGCGCGGCUUCACCCCCACGCAAGAAGACAUGAUUCUCGCCGUCUGCGACCACCAGAACCUUUGACCGUCUACCGCAAUAUGGCUCUACCUCAAGUGGGCAGAUGUCUGGGAUAUUGGCAGUGAUUGACGUCCUACCUGGACAGGUUACAAAAACAAUCACAACAAAGAUGUAUUAGUUUGUGGUAUAGUGUUAGUAAAAGGUGUUAUAUUUAACCAAUUUCUCUGUUUUAUGAAAACGUACCUCUAUGUAUCCUACGAGAAAUGCCGUUUUAAGU